AUGCGAAUGUCUCCCAUGGGACGCAACCCGAUCUUCAUUCGCCGAGCAGCCCCUUCCGCUGCCAUUGCAGACACCACGGCGACGCUGCAUGGCCUCAAUCGCGUAGGAAGCUCGGUGCAGACAUGCCGGAGCAGGACCGCUCUGGAGGACGGCACGCCCGCUGAGGGCGACUACGAGCUGCUGGUCGCGUCACCGCCCGAGCAAGAGCGCAACCAGGAUCAGAACCAGCACAACGAAGACGACGACGAGGAGUUGCAGCGCCGCCAGCGCGAGGACAUGGAUAUGAACUCGCGCACACCCAUCGCCUUUGAGGCGCUGGCAGAGCGCACGCUCUUCUUCGUUGCAUGCAGCUCGAGCUACGCGGCGCUGAUCGCCGGCAAGUGCCACAUGUUCUGGAUUCAGGUGCAGAUGGCUUCAACAGGGCGCCGCGCGAACCCGUCAACGGUUGUGGGCCGCGUGAGCUUCAGAUUCGGCAGCUCGGGGUACAGCAGCGACAACUCGGACGAGCUGCGGGCCGUGGCGCUCCCACUGUUCCAGUCUGUGGAUUAG